AUAUAGUACAUCAUUUUCGGUUUCAUCUUGUCAGCGUGAGUUACAUUGCUAUAAAUUCUGUAAUAUAACUGAAUCACCUCAUUCUUUUUCAAAAGUUAUCACAUGCCCUCUGUUGACUAUUCCUUCUAAUGGUGCUGUGACAUACAAUUCUACUACUGAUGAAAACGGCAACUACGAUUUUUAUGUGAUGGCUACCUACAAUUGUGACACUGGGUUUUUUUUGGUCGGUAAUAACUCAACAACUUGCACUGGAGAUGGCAGUAGCAUUAUUGGUACUUUUGAUGGCCUAGUUCCAAGAUGUAAAGCUAUAACGUGCCCUCCACUUUCCAAUCCAACCAACGGCUCUCUGUCUUAUUCGAAUGUGCCUGGUCAAAAAAGCAGCUAUGCUUUCAAUGUAACAGCUACUUACAGCUGCAACUCUGGGUUUACUCUGGUUGGUAACAAGACAAGGAAUUGCUCUGGAGAUGGCAGUAGUACUACUGGUUCAUUUAAUGCCUCUGCUCCAACUUGCAAAGCAAUAACAUGUUCUCCUAUUACCGACCCAAUUAAUGGGACUAUAAUCUAUUCUGCUGCCGCUGAUGGUUUGGGUAAUUAUGUCUUCAAUGUGACGGCUUACCAUAUAUGUGACACUGGGUUUACUCUGGUUGGUAACAACCCAAGGACUUGCAGUGGAGAUGGCAGUAUUAUUGUUAGUGCUUUUGAUGGAGAGCCUAUAAUCUGUGAAGGUGCAUUUUCAAUUGCCUCUUCUGCAUCACUUAUCCGAGAUGUUGUCAUACCUGUUGUGAGUGUGGUGGCUGUACUAGCUCUAGUUGUACUGGGUGGAGCUGUCUAUGGAUACAUUCAAGUGUUUGCUCAUCUGUGGAAGUUAAAAGAUCCACAAACUGGAACUGCCAAACUGUGGAACGCUUGGAACCACGGAAAAGAAGAACUAUGGAACAGUAGAAGUAUGGAACAGUAGGAACCAUGGAAUGCUGAGAACCAUGGAACCAUAACAAACAGUAGGAACUAUUAAGGUGUUUCA